AAAAUAUGUCAAAAUUUAAAUAAAUUACAAUUCUCACACUUUGAUAAACAAAUUUAUUUAUACACUUAAACUCGUUAACAAAACCAUUAAAUUACGCUGACAACCCUAUUGUCGUUGUCGUCCAUUCUCCAGACAAAAGGAAGCCUCUAGAAGAUUUUGCAACAUCAUGACGUCGAAUGAAAAUUUGAUUACCUCAAUCAAAAGUUUUAUUGAAUAUGUGGAUAAAAAUCCAACCAUCCUCAACAUGCCGCAGCUCAGCUUCGUGAAGGAAUUCAUCGAAAGGUUUGGUGGCAAAGUACCGGAAGGCGAAUUCAAGAUGCCGGAGGAGGGAAAAUGCCCCUUUGGAGGCGAUGCCGGUGCAAAACCAAAAGCGGCUGAGCCGACUGUGUCCCCCCCAGAGUCCGAAGACUCUGAGGACGAGACCGUUUCUGGGCCAGAAUCCGAUGUUGAGUUGGACAUGGAAGGCGUUAUUGAGGCCGAUAAUGAUCCUGCCCAGCCCAUGGGCGAUUCUAAUAAAACACCCACUGAAGAGGAAAUUGAUCAGGCUGGAGAAUUGCGUGCCCAAGCCGCCAGUGCCUAUAGUGAGCAGAAAUUCGAGGAAGCCAUCACUUUCUAUACCCAAGCCAUUGAGCUUAAUCCGGGAAAUGCUCUAUUCCAUGCUAAGCGUGGUCAGGCCUUCCUCAAGCUGAAGAAGCCAAAUGCAUGCAUACGUGACUGCAACAAAGCCUUAGAACUGAAUUGCGAUUCGGCUGCAGCCUACAAGUUCCGUGGCCGUGCUCAUCGAUUGCUUGGCAAGUUUGAGGAGGCUGCCAAGGAUUUACGUCAAGCAUGCAAGCUUGAUUUCGACGAAGAAGCCGACGAGUGGCUGCGUGAAGUGACACCGAAUGCCAAGAAAAUCGAACAGCACCGCAUCAAGCAGGAGCGCACACAGGCAGAACGUAAGAUCAAGGAGCGGCAGCGUGCCCAGAGAAAAGCGCGCAAAGAGCAGGAAAAGCAGAGUGCUAAUGCAACUGGUAGUGCUGGCGCAGGCGGUUUUCCAGGUGCCGGUGGUUUUCCUGGGGCUGGUGGAUUCCCUGGUGCUGAUGGCUUCCCUGGUGCUGGCGGGUUCCCUGGGUUCCCGGGUGCUGGCGGCGGCAUGCCUGCCGGCUUUAAUAUGGCCGAUUUAAUGUCGAAAAUGAAGGACCCUGAGACGGCGGCCGCUAUGCAGGAUAUACUCAGCGAUCCGUCCAACAUCUCUAAAUAUAUGUCGAAUCCGAAGGUAUUUAAUUUAUUGAAUGCCAUCUUCCCCGGUCGUUACCCCGGCGGCGGUGCCACAGCUGGCUCUCCAUUUGGCGAUGCUAAUCCUCCCGAUACGGAGGCCAAGGCCAGCGAGACUACCGAGCCAAGUGCCACCAAGAAGGGAUCGGCCGAUUUUGUCGACGAUGGACUUGAUUAAAAAGUGCUUGUUACAGCGUGCACCAAGAAUAAAAAUAUAUUCGCCUACCAAAAAAAGCAAGCUACGAAAAGAGCCGCAACAUCCACCAGCACCACCACCAUCAUGAAAAACACAAACAGAGCAAGACGGCAACAACAAGAUACCAUCACUGUUCGUGGAAACAAACACAAAACACUCAAAUGGCGCAAUACCCAAAAACUAAAUAGGCUUUGCUCUGUGGCUGUUGUGCGAAGCAUUCUCUAAUGUUUUUGUAUUUUUUUUUUUUUCUUUAAGCACUUAUUUGCCAUAUUGAAAUUCUAAAUUCCUUAUUAAUCUAGCGCUUGUCGAUGAUAAAUAGUUGAACUAAUGCUCGAUAAGUAAUGAAAAAUAAUCACACAAUAUGUAUGUUAACAAGUUAGCGUUAUUUAUAAUGGAACACUAAAGGGUCCACACAGCACCCACACACACACUUAUAGUAUAUACAUAAAUACAACGCACUAGUUUCCAUUUAUUCUUAAAGCAUAGCAAACGAAAAUCAUUUUGUGAAACAAAAUUGUACUGAAUAGGGAUUUGAAUAAUAUAUAAGCAAAUGCAUUUAGCCACUCAUACAUACAUCCACUCAAACAUUCAUGUAAUCAUCUACAUACAUACAUAUAUGGAAACUCAUAUGCCCUUACAUGCAAACAUGUCGAACAUAAAUUCAUGAAAAAUUUAAAAUUAAACCUACAUACAUAUUAUAUCAAACACA